AUGGAAGGCACAGAAGCUCCAGAUCUUGCUUCUGCCUCACUCGCUAUUCGCUUACAGGAGUAUCUGAACCCUCCUAUCCCAUCAACGCCACCAAGUGCCCCUUUAGGCGAGGAUUGUCCGCCGAAGCCAGACGCUGAUCAAGCAAAUGAUGAGCUCUUUAUCUCGGAGCAUGAACCCCCAAGGAAGCGCGCUCGACGGACGCCUUUGUUAACGAGCAAAGAAGUCCGUGAAAGUGUCAGAAUUGGUUUGGACGACGCGUACGCAGGACGAAUUCCAUCAUCUAGUCACCUUAACGUCACUUGGAAAGCCACCGAUGACAGCAAAGGUCGGAAAAAGUCGAAAGCAAAUGAGCUUGAUUUCGCAACCUUAGGGGGUUCCAACAUCAUUGAAGAUAUCCGAGAAAACUCCAGGCUUCCAUCGAUUCCAGUAUCUACGAAAGCGAAUAAAAACAUUGCUCUGCAAGAGCUAGUGGAGGGCAUUCCGGAGGCUGCUCAAAAAGAUGCGGCACCAGACAAGAGGGCCAUCAUAAAAGCCACGAAAAAGUUCAAUUACAAGCCUAGAAGUGACAGACAGGGGGGAUGGAAGCAUAUCAAACUCCAAGCCAGUCUAUACCAUCAUCAGACGAUGAAGCUUCUAGGCGCAGCAUUCAUGCCAGACAAGCGUGAGCGAGAGAACUCUGACCAAAAGCCUUACGGAGCCAACAUCGUCGAUGGGGAUUUUAAAGUGCUAGACGAUAAUGCGAAUACCACAUUGAUCGUCGCUCCUAGAGGUGUAAUUGGUCAUUGGAAGUCUCAAAUCGACAAACAUGUGCGCCCAAAUAUAUUGGGGCCUAUCUUGUCUCACUACGCCGGCAGUAGGGUUGACUCCAGCAAUGCAGUUGAAACUAUGCUAUGGCACAAAGUCAUUCUCACGAGUUACGACGAAGUCCGAAAUUCGUAUCCGAAACUAAAGAAACCAGACGGCAUGACCUUGGAGAAAGUCCAACGAUGGGCCGAAAAAGAAUUCAAAGAGAACGCUGGGCCUCUUCAUCAAAUACGGUUUCGGCGCAUCAUUCUAGAUGAAGGGCAUCAAAUACGAAAUCCUAGUUCUCAAACCUCGAUUGCAGUCCGAGCACUCCAUGCGCAUUACAAAUGGAUUCUGAGCGGAACACCUUUACUGAAGUGGGGAAGAAUGAGUGUUGAACUGGGCGACAUUGAGAAGCUAAUCCAUGAAAACGACAGUCACAACGCCGAGUUUUGGGCUUAUUUCAAUUUCCUCGAAGUUCCCCAUGUGGGACGAUUUUCUAACUUCCUUGCAAAUUUUUGCAGUGGGAGUGAGUUGGCAAAUCAACGUCUAACAAGCAUCGUGAAAUCAGUUGUCUUCAGACGUACACAUCGGUCACGACUUUUCGAAUGCCCUAUCAUCACACUCCCAGAAAUAGGCGAAAAGACAGUGACCGUGAAGCCUCUUGCCAUUGAAAAAGCCCUUUAUAAUAUGAUCAAGGAUUUUUUCAUCGAUGGCAUAAAUUGCAUUGCAAGCAGCAAUGAUCAAGAAGCUCAAAACAGAUGCUUCCUGACUAUGUUACUAAAGUUGCGGAUGCUUAACAGCCACCUACUCUGCGUUCAAGACAUUCUUAAGAAAUUAUUGGCCAUCGAUGUGAAUUUGGCUGAGCUGCAGAGUGUAUUGACCGCCAACAGCGAAAAUGAAACAGAUUGCAGUCAACAAAUCUUUUCGGUGAUCCAUGGACUCGUAAUGACUGGAAAGCAGGCCAAAAAGCCCCGUGCUCCUGCCACGCCCCUUACUGCCCAGUUUCUGAAACGGGUUUUCGAAUGGAUGAACAAUGAAAAUCAAGAGGAGUGUCAAACAAGAAUGAAGUGUGCACGCUGUGACGCCCUAGCAGCUAGAACUCGGGUUACUUCGUGUAUGCACCUGAUAUGUGAGGACUGUUUUCAAUAUUUAAAGGAGUCCGAUUCAUCAUGGAGCUCCAAAAUUGUGUGUCCAGUUUGCACGGAUAAGAACACAGUCGACACGGAAGAUUUUGAUAUGGACCCGAGCAUCCUAUCUCUACGACUUGGGUAUAUGUGCGCGAAGAGCCGUGAGAACGGAAGCAAGAAAAAGCCCAAGAAGAAAAUCUCUGCUUCUGCGACAAACAGUCUAUUCAUGAGUGUGUUUGAAGAAAACGCCGAUGAGUUUAAUCGCCGGGCCGACAUUGAUUGGCUUAAGGCCGAGGGCGAGGACAUGCCCAGUUCCAAAGUCAUUCAAACACGAGACUUGAUUCACAAAUGGAUGGCAGAAGAUCCGGAGACCAAAAUAGUCAUUUUUACUCAAUUCCGCGCUAUGGCAUCUAUCUUUGGUGGGAUGUGCAGGAGGGAGAAGUGGGCAUAUGUAAUGUUAACAGGAGACAUGGACUUCGCUAGUCGACAACAAAGCAUAGACGACUUCCAAAGCAAGCCUGAGUUCCAAAUAAUGAUCGCCUCCCUGAAAGCCGGGGGUGUUGGUCUAGAUCUCACGUCAGGCAACAAAUGCAUCCUCGUCGAACCGUGGUGGAACGACGCCAUCCAACAACAAGCCUUUUGUCGUCUAUUCCGCAUCGGCCAGGUGCGCAACGUCGAAAUCGUCAAACUCGUCGCCACGGACACCAUUGACGAAUACAUGAUGGAACUACAACAAAUGAAACUCGAACAGAUUGAGCAUGCAAUUGGCGAUGCGACGCUGCCGUUGACCGGAGUCGCGGGCAUGCUAAUGAAGCAUUUCGGCACCCCGGAGAUGAACGAAGAUGGUGGGUACACAUUGCACGCCAGGACUGAGUGA